ACAAAGAGUCGCACAACCAAAGCUCUACUCUCACUCUCAAAAAGCGCGCGAGAACUUGUUACCAGUCCGUACGACCAAGCUGAAUGCCGGAGCUCCCGGAGGUGGAGGCGGCGAGGCGGGCCGUGGAGGAGAACUGCCUUGGUAAGAAGAUUAAAAAGGCGGUCAUAGCUAACGACCCCAAGGUCGUCGAUGGAGUCACCCCCUCCGACUUCGAGGCCGCUCUCCUGGGUAAAACCGUAAUUGCUGCUCACCGCAAGGGCAAGAACCUCUGGCUCCAGCUCGAUUCGCCUCCCUUUCCUUCAUUCCAAUUUGGGAUGGCGGGUGCCAUAUAUAUCAAGGGCGUUGCAGUUACAACAUAUAAGAGGUCUGCUGUAAAGGACACUGAUGACUGGCCUUCCAAAUAUUCAAAGUUUUUUGUAGAACUAGAUGAUGGUUUGGAGCUGUCUUUCACCGACAAAAGGAGAUUUGCUAAAGUCCGCUUCCUCCCAGAUCCAGCUGCAGUACCUCCCAUAUCUGAGCUUGGACCGGAUGCUCUAUUGGAGCCUAUGACAAUUGAUGAAUUUAUUGACUCCUUGAGCAAGAAGAAAACUGCGAUUAAGGCUUUACUACUCGACCAGAGUUACAUGGCAGGUAUUGGCAAUUGGAUUGCAGAUGAAGUGCUAUACCAAGCAAGAAUCCAUCCACUGCAAAUUGCUGCCAGCCUGUCCAAAGAAAACUGUGCAACUUUACACAAGUGCAUAAAUGAGGUCAUUGAGAAAGCAAUUCAAGUUGGAGCAGAUAGUAGUCAGUUUCCUAAAAACUGGAUAUUUCAUUCCCGCGAAAAGAAAUCUAAGGCUUCUGUUGAUGGGAAGAAAAUUGAUUUUAUCAAUGCUGGAGGCAGGACAACAGCCUAUGUACCAGAGUUGCAAAAGCUAAUUGGAAACCAAGCUGCAAAAGCCUUGGGUGAACCAAAAAAGCGAACUACUAAGAGAAAAGGUGGUGGAAAUGGUGACAACGACGAUAUUGAUGAACCAGCAGAUGAAAAAGAAAUUAUUGGAAGUGAGAAACUGAAGAAAGGACCAAAGCCUAGAGGUCGAGGUAAAAAGCCAACAGUCAAGACAAAACCUAAUGACAAUGAUGACAACGAGAGUGAUGAUGAUAAUGCUGAUGGUGGUGGUGGUGCUGCCGAUGAUAGUGACGAUUCUGAAGUUCAAAGGAAGAAUACGGAAAAGGCAACCACUAAUAAACGAGCUAAGACCGAGAAGACAACCAAGAAAAAGGAGGUAACCACCCGUCAAAAAAGUAAGAAGGCAGAGAAGAAAGCGAAGUAGGUAUAUCUAUAGAUAUGUAGAAGGAUGUCAUCUUGUUACCUGUUUUGGAAAGAUUGGAAUGACCAUCACAUUCUGUCUGUAGCAAUUGUUAGUACUGGAUCCUUUUUGUCAUGAAAUUUGGACGCGUGAUCAUGUGGCUUUCUUUCUGAUCAUCUUCCGUUAUGUAUUCACUCACUUCUAUAUUUUAUAUGAAAGUAUGGCAUUGCUGCA